AUGGCACCACAGCAAGACAACGGCAGUAUGAAGAUUCAAUACGUUUUAACGAAAACAAAAGAUGCAGUCCUUCACAUAAUCAAUUAUGAAGAUUUGAUUUUUCAUCGAAAUAAAAACAAACUAAAAGUUGGUGAUGAAGUUUCUUGGAAUGGAAAAACAAGAAAUGAUCGUGGUCGUGGUAAAAUAAUUGUUCUCGGUACAAAGGAUCAAUGUGAAGCAACAAAAACUGUUAUUGAAGAAACUUUACCAUCAUCUGAAUCUUCAUCAACUCUUCCAUCAUCAUCAUCAACAUCAUUGCCUGAACCAUUGGCAGCUGUUGUACGAAAAGGUGCAACCAAAAGAUUAGCGAUUGAUGAUGAUGAUAAUCAUUCGUGUGAUUCAUCAAGUACGAAACGUAAAGUCGUUCAUGUUGGUGGUGAUAAAUCUAAAAAAGUGCCACGUGCUGAUGUUUCAACUGCUGCGCCUAUCAUCUCAUCAACAAUAUCGUUUGUAACUAGAACAUCUUCUAUUCCGGAAGUAGCCAACACAGCACACAUUUUGAAGGAUAUGGAUUGUUCGUCUGAUUCAAACUCAGAAAAAGAAUUAAUUAUUGAUGAACAAAUUGUUGAUGGUCGUGAUGAUGAUGAUGUACAAACUGAUAAUAAUAAUUCAACAAUCCUGAAAGAUAAUUCUACUCAUAUGCAAGCUUCUUGUAAUGAAACAAAGGUACAAAAUAUACACCCGUCGAAAACUUCAAAAUCGUUUCGAGCUUUGCCAGUGAAGAAACCAGUCUCAGAUACAGCUCAUUCUUUGUUAAAGCAACAAUGUCAAAGAUAUUCUGAUCAAAUUGAUUGUUACAAAACAACUUGGAUGCCUAGACCUAGAGAUCCUAAAACGAUAAAAUUUUUCGUCGAAAUGGGACGAUUACUAUCGGGUGAUACUGAUCCAAAUUCUAGUGAUAAAUCUAGCGAAGAAGGUAUUGGUGAUGCUUUGGCCGAUUAUUGUUCGUUGUUAUCGAUAGAUGAAAGUCAAAUCGAUAUAUUUUCACGAUGUGAUUCGAUAACAAAAGCAUGUCGUACAAUUGUAAGUCAUCUUUAUUCAAAAGAAGAAAGAAUUGGCAUGGCAUGGAAAAAUGUUCCAGUUAAAAAGCAAAAUGCAAUCUUAGAUAUGGCUCGGCUUUUGAAUCCGCUUGAACGAGGCAAAUCAGAUGGUGAACUAAUUAAAGCUUGUCGUAACGUUUUUGAAGCUGCUAAUUGUUGUAAAAGAAAAUUAGAACAAGUUGACAUUGUUCGUGAAAUUGAUGAAUUAAGUAGUGAACUUUACAUCGCAAUCAAUAUUUUCAUUGUCAAAAUGUCUCGCUUUGUUCAAUAUCGAAAGAAGCGCAGUAUGAGUACUAAAGUUGCAUUUGGAAUGGAAUUGGCAAGUAUGAUGAAGAGUCUGAAUGAAGGAUCUGAUGAUAAUAUAUCGAGAAGUGCAUCAACCGACUUGAUUCCUGAUGUUGAUAUGACAUCUGCUAGUAAUAACCAGAAUCAAAACAUGACAUCAAUUCCAGCUGUGCCAGAAGGUUCAAUCCUUGACGAUGCUAUACGUCAAAUCGAAAACUCUUCUAAUAACAGUGGUAGACGUGUGGAAGCCAUUGAUAUAUCUGCUGCACUUCUAAUUCUUAAGGCUCGGCAUCGUCUAUCAAAUCGAUGUUUGUCAGAUAUUUUGAAACUAUUAAGAAUUCUUCGGGUGGCUAAUGUACCAACCAGCUUAUGGAAAUCUAGAAAAUUAGUCAAUACUCAAUCUAAUUCCCAUCUCCAUAUGAAGAAACAAUCAAUAUGUCCAUCCUGCAAAGAUACAUCAAGUGAAGUUAAUCGUUGUACUAAAUGUCAUAUUACCUAUCAAACAAUUUUAACAACAUCAUCAAUUUCCAUUUUUUACCGUUUUGAUAUUGGAUCACAAUUGGAGUCGAUUUUGUUGCAUACACCUGACCUAGUAUUUCAAAAUUUUUUAUCACCACCUUCUAAAAGGAUGCGUGAUAUUGUCGAUGGGGUUUUUUAUCGAAAUCAAUUAAAACAAGAGACUGAUCUAUUCAUCACAUUAACAAUGAAUGUUGAUGGUGUGCAGCCAAACAAAGGCUCAGAUAGUUCAAUAUGGCCUGUGUUGAUUGUUGUCAAUGAAAUUCGGCGUAGAAAAAGAUAUUCUCUUGAAAAUGUCAUUCUUGCCGGAGUUUGGCCAGGGCCCAAAAAGCCAUCACGUGAUGAUAUGGCUAUAUUUUUAAAGGGGAUUGUGAACGAACUAAAAUGUCUUGAAGCUGGUCGUAAGUUUCAGUUACGGUCGACUGAUGGUGAAAGUGUAGAAGAAGCUUUUAUCAAAGUUUUUCUUGUAAGCUCGUGUUGCGACAAGCCGGCCCAAUGUUUAGUACAAUGUCUCGCACAGCCCACAGCAAAAUUUGGAUGUGGAAAAUGUGCAAUUCGUGGAGAAACCGUAGAAACUGAAGGUGGUGGUCAUGUAACCAGUUUUAUAAUUAAUGCCGAUGAAACUAUAAAUCCACGCUCAAAUGAUCAAUAUAAUGAACUUCUUGAAACGAUGAAAUUGAACAAUGAAGAAUUAGCUUCGUUAACUACUGAUCGAGAUAUUAAAGCUGCUAAAUUAAGACAUACAGAAAGCCAAAUGGGUUUGAAAGGUCCAUGCUGUUUACGUGAAUUAAAAUAUUUUGACUUUGGACAAUCAUUUGUGGUGGACAGUCUUCACAAUAUUUAUCUUGGCGCUUUUUCGGAUCCCGACUUUAAUGGUUUAAGUACUUGA